AUUCUGACCGUUCCUAGAAUAUGGCGCAGCCCUGUGUUUCGCGCAUGAGGAUUACAGGACCAAAACAAACUGUCUACAACGGGUUCUAGUCUAGCCAAACACAAAAUGUGGAAGGCGGAAGAAGAUUUCCCUCGUGGUGGUGCGCGUAAACAGAAGCCACAAGAGGAUGAAGGCAAAGGAGAUGAGAAUGAAGAGUUGCCUGUUAAAAAGAAUGCCAACAAGCAGCAGAAGGCAAUAAAAAGAAAGCGGAGUGAUAGUGAAUUGACCACUGUGUCCUUACCUCUGAAGAAAGUUAAAAAAAGGAGCUCAGAAGGCCAUGUUGGUGUCCCACUGCACCAAUGUCUCACCACAGAGUUGUGUGUCUUGGGAUGUGUGCGAGAAGCUCAUGAGUAUCAUGUGUCUGUUUCGCUGCCUGGCAACCGUUUGGCCACUCUGCCCAUUACUGAAAUAUCCCCAGCCUACACUCAGCAGUUGCAGAAAUUGGCCCAGUCUGCUGAACCAGAGAUAUCUGAGGACCUGAAACCCGUAGAUGAAAUGUUCCGCCCUGGCUUGCUGGUACCUGUUAAGGUGACCACUGUAGAAGAGGAUAAGCAAAAAAACAAGACGUUCGUGAAGCUGAGCUCUGUGCCGGCUUCCCUCAAUUCGUCCCUGCCGUUAUCGAGUCUAACAGAUGGCUUGCUUCUGUUUGGCAGUGUGUCUAGUGUAGAAGACCAUGGGUACAGAGUGGAUCUGGGCAUUAAAAGUCUUCAAGCUUUCCUUUCCUCCAAAGAUGCAGAGGCUUUUGUGCAGACUUAUAACAGUGGGGAGCCUCUAAGUGUUGGCCAGCCUCUGUGGUGUGUUUUGAAAAUGAAAGGCAAGUCCGGGAUAAAGGAGGGAGAAACUCGAGCUGUGAAUGUUACUGUUGAGCCUACACUUGUGAAACAAGCAACGCUCGAAGAGACAACAAGUUUAAACACAGUGCUUCCUGGUAUGAGGGUGAAAGCUGUCAUAGAAAAGAAAACAGACACUGGGCUGAUUGGGAAAGUUUACAAUUUUGAGGCUGUAAUUCACGGCUCUCAGGUGCCCAAGUCACCGCUGACAUACAAGGUCAAGGCCGAGGUUGAUGCCAGGGUUCUGUAUGUCCACCCGGUUACAAAAGUCUUACAGCUGACAGCUCUGCCAGAACUUGUAAACUCAGACGGAGGUGCGAUUGGCUUGUUUCAAGACCUGAGGGUCGGGAACAUUCUUGAAGCAAAAGUGUUGCGGCUGGACAAAAAGAAGGGGGUAUACUUCAGCCUGCCUAAGGGAGUGAGAGCAUUUGCAGCUCUGAGCAAAUUAACAGACAAGACCAACGAGCCAGAUAUCACAGCCUAUGCUGUUGGUGCGAGUCACCAGUGUCGAAUCCUGGGCUUCAACUUUAUAGAAGGUGUUGCCUUGGUGACUCUCAAACAGAGCAUCCUCUCUCAGAAGUUUCUGACAAUCCAUGACGUAAAUAUUGGUGAUGUUGUGGAGGCCACUGUGACCGAGGUGCAUUUGAAUGGAGUGGCUGUCACAUUGUCGAGAGGCAUCAACUCCUUCAUUCCUGGCAUGCAUUUAGCUGAUGUUCCCAUCAAACGGCCAGAGAAGAAGUUUGAUGCCGGCAUGAAGCUCAAGUGUCGUGUGCUAAGAAUAAACCAUCAGAAGAACAAGGUGAUACUUACACAUAAAAAAUCUCUUGUCAAAGCAAAGCAUCCAAUCAUCACGGAUUACUCGGAGCUCCGUCGCCAUAUGGAGCUGGAGGGAGUGAUCGUUGCUGUCAAAGAGCGAGUGGUCAUUGUGUCCCUGUUUGGUGAUGUCAAGGGUUUUGUCAGUAGGAAAUACAUGAGCACUGAGCAAGUGGAAGAUCCAACAACCCUGUUCUACGUGGGCCAAGUCAUUCGGUGCAGGGUGGUGUUCUGUGAUGCUGAACAGAAGAAACUUGUACUUUCUUUCAACUUUGGUACUUCAAAAGGGAAAGCAGACAGUGAUGUCAGUAGUCAGGACCAUUAUGAACUCGGAAAGAUUGUCAGUGCUAGAAUUGUGAGUCAGGAGGAAAAUGGGUAUCGACUGUCUCUUCACUCAGGGAAGGAAAUGGCGUUUCUGCCUUACUCUCAUCUGUCUGACUAUCGGGAGAUUCAGGAGCUGAGGAAGCAGGCCAUGAAGCCGAGACUGCAGCUGGAGAGAGUUACCUACUACUACCGCAGAAAGCAACCUAUAAUGACCAUGAAAGAAUGUUUUCUUCAGGCAGCACAGCAGAAGCAGUUGUUGGAGAACUUUGCAGACCUCAAAAGUGGCCAACUUCUUCCUGCUGUGAUCCAGAAUCAUGAAGACUAUGGCAUAUUUCUGGAGUUGGCUGCAGGUCACACAGGGUUGUGCCCCGCCAAGACUCUGACCAAUCUUCAGCCAGCAAAUCUUCAGGAGCUAUUCAAGCGGGGUCAGUCGGUCAUUACUCGGCUGGCAAAGAUUGACAGUGAGAAGGAAAGGUUUCUGGGCAGCUUACGAGUAGAUGAAUGUUAUGAAGGCGGCUUGGAGCAGCCCCUGACAUUGUUAAAGAAUUACCUCAAGUCCAGGGAAGACACCUUAGAUUUACUGUUUGCUGAACAUGAGGAGUUGUCCUGCUAUUCGGAUGUCAAGCUUGGGGACGUUGUGCAGGUCACAGUGUCGUCUGUGUUUAAGAAGGGAGUUUUGGGAGAGCUUCCAUCUGGAGCCAAGGCUUUGGCUACCAAAUACCAUUUCGGGGGUGUUGAGCCUAAGGAGGGACAAUCGUAUGAGGCCGUGGUGCUAUUUGUGGAUCCACUGACACCUUGUGUCGAACUUACAAUUGAGCCAAGGGUCGUCAGAGCCGUGAAGAACAGGAGGGAGAAUGUUAAGACUCAGCUCAAAGCGGAACAGGUUCUGAAAGGAGAUGUUCUCUUGGUAAAUCCAGAGUUCCUCUUAUUGGGACUAAGGGGUCACGGAGCUGGAAAAUUUGUUUUUGUUCCAGGGCGUAAACACAUGAAUGAUGUGGAAGCUAAUCCCAUGUAUAAAGUUGGAACCUUCACAGAUGUUGUGAUUAAAGAGGGUUUUGGGGACAGUCAAAUAGGAGUCCUCUUGAUGAAUGACCCAGCAGCAAAAGCCAAAGAGGAGGAAGAGCUGAGGAAACGGAAACAAGCCAUACACCAAAUCAAGCCAGAGACGUUUAUGGAAGCAAAGGUGAAGACUGUUCAUCCUCUCCAGUUAAAUAUCGCUGCAGGGAAUCUUCAUGGAAGAGUUCACAUUUCAGAGGCAGCAGAUGAUCUCAAACAAGGAGAGAACCCACUGCGUCGUUUCCACCCAGAGCAAAUGAUCAAAGUGCGAGUGAUCGGCUUAAGGGAUGUCAAGUCACAAAGCUACUUACCAGUGACCAAAGUCAAAUCAAGUCGCACAUUGCUUGAGUGUACGCUGAAAGAAAGCAAACUGAAAGGGAAGACAAAGGAGCUACUGGUGCCUGAGCUGGACCUGGCAAUCGGGGACCUUGUUUGGGUCUUUGUCAUCAAGGUGUCUGGCCACAAGGUGUGGGUACAGGUCGGGCUCUCUCAGCAGGGCUACAUUGACUUUUUCCGUGUGUCGGAGGACAUGUCUGUGGUCAAUGAUGCCACCAAUCGUUUCCUUCCUGGUCAAGCCCUGCUGGCAACGGUUCUGAACAAUGACGACUCGGACAAGCUGGUGCUGUCUCUUGUGGGUUCGGAUAUCAAGCUGGAAGUUGGCCAAAACGUGACUGCCCAAAUCUCUAGCAUGAAGACAGACACAUGCCUUCAUGUGAAGCUUCCCAGUGGUCGUCUGGGUGUGAUUCAGUCCAAGCCAUCCAUCUUGCAUGCCGUUGGUCAAUAUAUCCGCUGCCGUGUGGAGAGUGUAGAAGGGGACAUGGCCACACUCUCUCUGCUUGAAGACAGCAAAGGUCCUGUUGUUCAAAGAAAAAAACGUAAGAGGAAAUCUUCGGUCUCUGAAAAAACAGAGGAGGCGGAAAUCGAUCCAGAAAAGGCACUCAAGAAACAAAGACGGCUGAAAAAGAAGAUGAAGAAGAGGAGAGCUCAAGCUGAAGAGCAGAAGGAUAGUGGAGUGGACAUCAAUGAAAGUUCCUCAGAGGUUGAGGAAGAGGAAAACACUAGUGCUGCCGCAGUAGCUGCCUCAGUUACAACAAGUGAGGAGCCCUCAGAAGCACCCGCCCGACUGUCUCUGCCUGGCUUCUCAUGGGACGGACAGCUCCUGAAGGAACAUGGGGAGGAGAAUGGCGCCAGUGGAAAUGAAGAGGACGAUGAUGAUGAUGACACUGUUGCUCCUGAAUCUCUAAAAUCAAGAAAGAAGAAAAAGCGGGAGGAGGAGAAAUUAAUUCAAGAGUAUGAGAGGAACCAGCUGGAAGGUAACCUAACCCCUCAGACGGCAGCGGACUACGAGCGCCUGGUGCUUCAGUCUCCUCACAGCUCCUUGGUCUGGCUCCGCUACAUGUCGCACCAUGUGGAGCUCGGAGAACUGGAGAAAGCCAGGGCUGUGGCAGAGAAGGCUCUGGAAACCAUAUCUUUCAGAGAAGAACAAGAGAAGUUGAAUGUGUGGUUGGCAUACCUGAACAUGGAGACGAUCUACAGUGAGCCAAAGGAGGUGAAGAGACUGCUUGAGAGAGCUGUUCAGUACAAUGAGCCACUGAACGUCUACCUCAAACAGUGUGAGAUGUAUGUCAGUGCAGGGAAGACUGAGGAUGCAGAGCAGUUGUAUAUUGUAAUGACAAGAAAAUACAAGAAGGACAAGUCUGUGUGGAAGUCUUACGCUCAGUUCCUUUUCAAGGCUGAUCGCAUUCAAUCUGCUCGGAAUUUGCUUCAACGGUGCAUAACUGUACUUGAUAAGAAGGAUCAUGUUGAAAUAAUCACAAGAUUUGCAACACUGGAGUUCUCCCAUGGCGAUGCAGAGCGAGGGCGUACUAUGUUUGAGAACCUGAUUGCCAGCUACCCAGGUCGCACUGACCUGUGGUCUGUGUAUGUAGACAUGGUCGCCAAAGUUGGAGAUACUGAUGGGGCAAGACAUAUUCUUGAAAGAGCGGUUAAGCAGAAACUGAACUCGAAAAAAUUGUCCUUCCUGCUGCAAAAGUUUGUGCGAUUUGAGGAGAGUUACGGCACCGAGGACCAAGUUCAGCGUGUGAGAGAUAUGGCCGUGGAACUCAUGGACUCCUAGAUCUAUCGGCAGCUACACAGAGAUUUGCUUAAAGCAACAAGGUGUCAAAGUGAUGCUUUAGUCACUGAGGGGAGAAAAAAACUGAAGUGUAAUCACAAACGUUAAUACUGGUGGUAUUUUUUUUCUUUUGGUUUUGGUUUUAAAUCCAUUUACAGUCGAUACUCUCUAAAACGGCCUCCCAGUGUCAAGGACAAAAGGUCCGUCUUCCACAGUGUCUUUAUAAUGUAAAAAAAGAUCGAAGGGGGGGGGGGGGGGGGAGUGGCUGUUUGCACAGGUGAUUGUCUUAAUUUUUAUGGACUGCAGAUAAGCGCUUGUUGGUGACCCCACAAAAUCUCUAGCGAAUGCUUUUUGCCAUGGCUAAACUGUGGUCCCCUGAGAUUUACAGGACCGGUGCUCAUGAGCUCCCUUGGGUCAGCUGCUAGGUUGUUUGCACCGUCAUACAUUCAUACGGGCUUUCAGUGCUCUGAGUGGCACAAGUAGAGUGCACUCAGGUUCAUAGAGUUCAAAUAAUUUGGUUAUUCAUUACUUGUUCUUAAGGCCAUUUGUUAUUUGAUGGUAUCUCUGUAUUCAUAACAAGGGUAAACAUUUGUUCCAAUGCUGGGGUGUAUUAUAUAACGUGGACCCAAUAACCUGACUUUGAUGAUUAACCCUUAAAACCCUAUACCGCUAGUAACCGCUGACGCCCUAUUUUCAUAUACCGCUGGUUACCGCUGGUCGACUUUAUCGUUUAAUUCCCAGUGCUAGAAACAGGGGAUGUAACUCCAGAUGACUCUGUCGCGAGCAGAAAGUACCGAUAAUAGUCAUGAGAGCAGUUCUACACCGAAAGUUUGGAAAUUUUGCGCGUUUUUAAGAAAAAUUAGCCACUUUUCGCUGCCAGGCUCUUCAGGCCGCAAAAUUUUUGACAUUUUUUAUCCUAACCAGAUCCCAAUAAUGAUCUCCCAGUCGGAUAUAUCGAUAAAUAUGACAGCUGAAGACGAUUGCCAUGUUCUGCAUAACAUCGAUGAUGAUUUUGACGAUAGUGGAAUUGGCAGGGGAUCACCACUAAAGCUACCAGAGGCUAGAUCUACAGCUGGGUCUAAUAAUACUUUGACUGAAGUGGAGUCGGGGAUCACACACAAGACUUAACUCAUAGAGUUGGUCCUAAAAACCAGUGUUUUAACCUUUUCCCCCUUUGUUCAGACUGUGCAUUCAUAUAUAAAUAACAUUUUCAAACUUCAGUAAAAUCUAACAACAAUUAAAGACACAGUAAACAAAAUAAUGAACCAACCUAAUUUUUUCUAGCAUCUCAAUUUUAAUUCAGGAUUCUAGGGAGGUAUGAAAAAGAAGAAUUCAGGGUUUUAAGGGUGAAGUGAUUUGUCUAUUUCAGCAUGGUAAUAGACUACCAUAAAGAGCUAUAAAACUGGGCUUUGCUACUUUCAUUAGCCUUGCCUUAUUUGCAACAGCUUCAAUAAAGACAGUGGUCUUUGAGACAUGUGAGAAUUGUUUCUGUCCACACUAUUUCUUUUUUUUCUUUUUUCUCUUUUUCUUAUUUUUUGUGCAGUCAUUAUUUGGGAUUUUUAAAGUAGGUAAAUUUUACAGGUUUACCUAGUGUCAUUCAGUUUGAGAAGUGACUGGAAUGCAUUCAUCAAUCCAUAGGUGCUACAAGUCAUUGUCAUCUCUUUUACUUUUUAAAAAAAUAAAGAUUGGGUUUUUGUAAUUGUUGCAAAUAUUUUUUGACUGUCUUGACAUUGCAGUAAUAGCGCCAACAUUUGGAUGAACUCAUUCUGUAUGUAUUUACUCUUUUCUAUGAAUCGGUGUGUAUCAUAGUGUAUGUUUACCAGUACAUACAAUUUAUUGUUUUAAAAUGUUUGUUCUGUAUGUAUGUUUAUGUAGGGAAAAUUAAUCUGGUUUUGCUCCUCAUGUUUGAAACUCUAUUGUUGCACAGAAUUGAAAGCUGAAAUUAUGUGAAAUAUUAAAGGUUUCCUCUUGCUGGGGAAAGACAAAAGAAA